GUACCGAGGGAAUUGCCCAUAGCUGGUCCAAUGCUAUUCUCGUCCGGAUCGUCACUUGUCUCCUGCUGCUCGGAUGUUCUUCGUCUCAACGAAGCUUUCCGCAUCCCAAGUCCUGUUCAUCGAAGACAGACGAGCUUCAGCAAGCAAAGUCCCUCCCGCCGUUGCGUCUUGCUUCCUCGUCGCAGCCGAUGUCCACUCCGGCUUCGACUCCGUACCGUCGCCGUCGCUUACAUGACGAGAUCUCUAGAUCUGCCGUCAAAUCCAUCCGAUGCACCAAGUCUCCUACCGAUUUCAGUCAUCAAUGGUCACCGAAGGUCAGGUCGCCAUGUCCCUGUCACCGUCAAGUCUGCUCAUCGCUGCCAAGAACUUCCCUUCGAGGUCACCUCACAACCGCCGUCCAGACAGGCAAUCAGCACUCCGGUAGUCGUCAUCUACCGUCGUCACCCAUCAGCAACUGCAGUCGCCUCACAACCGCCGUCCAGACAGGCAAUCAGCAUUCCGGUAGUCGUCAUCUACCGUCGUCACCCAUCAGCAACUGCAGCCUCCUCACAACCGCCGCUCAUGUCAGCGAUCGCGGCGUCUUUUGUCGUUGCAAGCCAGAACAUGUCACUGUUGCAACUUCAUUGUAAGCCCCAUCAUCGCCGGUCGCCAGCUCCGGUUCCAUCAAGUCAGCAAAAUAAUAUGGCCAUGGUAAUUUCAUGCCUUGUGUUCUUAGAGGCGAUUGAACAAGGGUUUUCAUCUGCUAUCAUCUAAAGUUCGCAUCAAGUAGUUUCAAUUUGUCUCGUUCGCCGGCCAGUCAACAAUUGCAGUAGAGUUUUGGUGGGACACUUGCAUAGCUAGGGAAGGAGACAUCAAGUAAAAUAAACCAUCGUGU